AUGAUCCAACCCGGGGAGAUCUCGCUAUACCCAGGGGGCUGCAACCCCGAAGGCGGACGCCCGCUCGGCUGCUUGUAUGACCGCCAGUGCCAGAUCACGUACCAAGUAGGCGCGAGGGAGACGCCCUGCACGACGAUGUUCUACCUGCUUGGGCCCAGGGACCUGCCUCUGGAGGAGGUCCCCUGGGCCCGCAUGGAAGAACUGCUCAAGUACAUCUUCCUGCAGGCGCGGCGCGAGAACCCGGACUCGGCCCCCAUCGCCGGGGAGCUCAGCACCGGGGAAUGGUGUCGGUUCUAUCGCGAGGUCCUCCCCACGGACGGCGCAGACCAUCGGGUGCGUGGCAUCUACCAGUUCAAACUCGGGGGGAAGGCGACCUUCCAUGAGGAGGAGGAUGAGGCCCUGAUCGAGCUGUUGGCGAGCAUCACCCAUUCCGGUUUCCCCUACGUAGAGACGUUGCUGGGUCUGCACGAGAUCCUCGCCAGACACGGGCGAGGUGCGGUGAGGGUUCCGGGCCGUGCUGAGAGACGCAGGAUUGAGAGGCGCUGGGAACGCCGAAGCAUGGCAACGUAA